AUGCUCUCCCUUGCUCUUUUUCCGGAGUUUUUAUGGUCGCACCGCUUCAUUUGGUUUCUCGAAUCUAUAUCCGAUGAAACACGACUGCGGAAUCUCCAAAAGGAAAAGAAAACCCAAUACGAAAUGCAAGCCCGCGGCGGGUGGUCGAGCAAUCGCCAUCCUAACCCUCGCCAGGUCACGUCCAAAUCGUGGGCCACCGCGCCGCCGGCCCGCGACGCACCCCCGGAGUGGUUGCGGCGGUCCUAUACGCGAACCAUUUCGAAACAUCUGCGCACCGUGGAGCAGCUGCGGCUGUCCUUCGAAGAUGCACGUCGUCAGUGGAGGGAGCUGUGCUUCAGGUAUAAGGGCAGUAGCGUAACGCAUGCGAAGACAGAUGCGUCGUGCGGUUUAUCUUUGUUAUCGUCUGGUAUUCGCAGCUCGGUGGAUCGGCUAGUGAGUCAACUGAAGGCUGUUAAGCAAGAACUGCUGGCACAUCUGACGCAUGGACUGGAAGCUCUUUGUCUGCCCAGCGAUGCCGCGGCUGCCGCAUCUCCCUCCACGUCACCACAGCCAGACGAUUUUGUUUUGAAAGAAAAGUGGUUACAGAAUCUUCUGAGUGUGUAUAGUAAAGGUGCGGCGGCAGCAGCAGUUGCGGAUCGUCAAACGGAUGCGCUCAAUCGAGACGCACACGCCGUGAGACGAGAGUACUUGCUGACAGUGUGGCUUGCGCGGCGUGUUUGGGUGUGGUCGAUAUGCCUAGCUUGCGCAACAAUGGAUCUGGAGCUGCUCUCCGGUAGCGUCAGCCUGUCCACACAACUCUACUUUGGCUGCCCGUUCAUCUCACCGAACGAUAUCACAGAAAACCUAAACGAGCUGUCUUGCUGCGCGUUUGAUGGCUGCUACAACAAGGGCGGAGAGAUCACGGAGCAGGAUCUGUAUGCAACGGCCGCAGCACAUGUGCAAGCAGAGAGUUCCGCCUCUUCGAUAACCGCCGCCGAUGGCGAAGCGUGGGAGCUCCGCACUUUUCUUGGCUUUGACUGCCCGACUAUUUCAGCAAACUUAACCAACGAGCUAAGGGCGGACCCUGGCUCUCAUGUGGACCCUCAAGCGGUCCCGGCAGCGGAGGCAGCGCGUGUGCGAGCCGCUGCUUCCACCACUAACCGUCACGCUCCGGUGAUGCGCGAUGCGUUCUGGGUACACGCCAUCGCCUUGUGCUACAGCAUCGUGGCACGAGAUGACACAAAUGCGGCGCGGCUGCUGUCCGCUUUUGAGAACUUCUAUCGAUGUUUGCGCACACAGGUCGCAGACGAUGCCCCUGAUGCGAGCGUUGAAGAGGAUCUUUCAGGGGCCAGUCGUCCUCACCAAAAGCUUUAUGCCAUUGCCUUUCUUUUGCGCGUUGCUACACUGCUGCUCGACGAAGACUACGUCGCACUCCAGCGAGUUUGGCGUAGGGAGGGUUUCUGUGACAAGGGUCAAGGGCAACGAAAGGCCCCAGAUGCAACCACAGAAGCAGUCGCGGAUGAAAAGGAAGACUCCCUUCCUUCCUCCUCUCCCGCUGCUCCCUUAAGCCGCGUGUUUCCCGAAGCUCGUGUGCUGCUGUGGCUUAUCAGCCUCCUGGGCGAACAUGUGGUGCGGCGCCGAUGGACGGAGCAGCAACUCGGGCAGGCGUUUCGUCCGAUGGAGCCGGUGCCGCACCCUGCGGCCAGUCGAAGAGAAGACCACGACGACGACCCGAGUCGGCUGGUGUACGCACUUUUAGAGACGGAACAACUCGCAGCUAACUCCAACGACGGAACUGGUAAAGCGGACUCUCACGAUGACGCAACGUGGUGCACCAACGCGGUACGUCUUUGCGAUACCCUGCGGAUUGCAGCUCUCCGGGACAUGGGUGGUGACUGGCCGUUGCCAGGAGCGCUUCUGCGUGCUGCUUUUGGUGGCAUGUAG